AUGAUGUGUGAGAGCGAUAACGAAAGUGAGAACAAUUCGUCGGCUCACAUUUCUGUUUUUGAGCAACGCGCAUACAUUAAAAUCGAAACGAUUCGUGGUAAAACAGUGCCUGAAAUUCAUGCCGCGUUAAAUGAAGUGUGUGGAACGGAUACUGUGGAUCGUAGUACGGUGCAAAGAUGGCAUCAGCGAUUCCGUGAUGGUCGUAUAAGUAUUGAUAACAACCCUCGCUCUGGCCGACCCUCUACGGUUACUCAAGACAACACUAACGCGGCUAUUCUCGCAACUCUACUCGAUGAAGACCGACGAAUAACGGUGAGAGAGAUAGAGAAUGAAACAGGUAUUUCAAAAUCAAGUGUUCACCGCAUUUUAACGGAAAUUCUACAGAAACGAAAGAUUGCAGCACGUUGGGUGCCUCAUUUUCUGUCACCGGAACAGAAGGAUACACGCAAAGACAUCUGCCGUGAACUCCUUUCUCGCUACGAAAAUGAAAAAGAAACGUUUCUUGAUCGUAUAAUUGCAAUAGAUGAGACUUGGAUCCGUGAUUUUGAGCCGGAAUUAAAAUCUCAAAGCAAUAUUUGGAAGGGAAUAACAUCACCAAGAGCAAAAAAAGUUCGUCGCCAGCAAACAAAGGUGAAACAAAUGAUGAUUUUUGCUUUCGAUAAACUUGGGAUAAUUGUCACUCAUCGAGUUCCAAUUGGCAGUAGUGUAACUGGGGAUUACUACAAAACAUUCCUUGCCAAAAAAUUGCUACCAGAAAUCCGUAAAAAGCGACCAGGAAUGUUACAAAAUGGUGUGUCCAUAUUGCACGAUAAUGCGCGGCCGCAUAUCGGAGCACCAGUCGUCGCUCUUUUGGAGAAAUAUGGAUGGGAACGCCUCAAACACCCACCGUAUUCGCCGGAUUUAAGUCCCCCAGACUUUGAUUUAUUUCCAAAACUGAAGGAACCACGUUUUCCCGUUUUCCCAACUUAG